AUGAUCCCACGUGUGUUUGAUAUUGCAAGAGAACCUCAACAAGUUCUGUCGGCUAUUGAUGGCUAUCAAAAUGGUCCACUUUUGCCAUUGGAAAUAGCGAUUAAACCUCUUAUCUCAUUCUUUGAAGAAGGCACCCUUGAACGUAAUGUUUGGAUUGUGAAAGAACGAUGCCAAAAUCCAUUUGAUAAUUUAACUGUUAAUGAGUCUGCUUCAAUUAUGUUGUAUACAUUCAAUUGGGAUACCAAUGAGAAGAGUCUUUAUUAUUUAUUAAAUGAAACAUUACGGAUGGAAAAAAGGGACAAACUUCGACCUUGGUUCAGCUAUUUAAAACUUUUUCUCACUGCACUUAAUCGUCUUCCACGUAUAAACGACACCAUUUUUCGUGGUGUUAAACUUGACAUAUCAUCUCAAUAUAUCUUAGGUAAACGACAAUUCUGGUGGGGUUUAUCAUCAUGCACAGAUUCAAUGGGUGUUUUGCAGUCAGAACAGUAUUGUGGAAAAGAUGGACCAAGAACAAUAUUUUUUAUUAAAUGUACUAGUGGACGUUCUAUAAAACGGCAUUCUUUUUACUCCGUUGAAGAAGAAAUCCUAUUGAUGCCUGGUUUCUAUUUUGAAAUUCACAGUAGCAAUGAUCUCGGAAAUGGUCUUCAUUUUAUUAGAUUGCAUGAAAAAGUAUCGCCACAUGUUAUGCUUGCAUUGCCUGAGAAACCUGGCAUUUUCAUAGAGGGUAUUUGUCGUAAUACUGAAUGUUCUCUGUAUGAUAAAGACAUAAGAAUCUCAUUUGGAUGUUGCUGUCUAGAUGUACUCGUCGGUUUGGAUGAAAAAAACUGUAUGUGUCCAUUGUGUUUUGAAUACACGGAACCUCUUAAAUUUGGAUUCAUUCAUUGUUCAUGGCGAUGGUCAGGCAGAAAAAAAGAUAAACCAUCAACACCACCUGUAAAUUGUUCAAAUGACUGGAUCAAUACUGAUGUCCCAACUUACUUUCAAUCAAAUAAUGAUAGCGAUUCGACAACAACAUGGCUAAAAUUAGUUAUUGAAGCUAGAGAAAUAUCUUCAUGA